GCAAGCACAAAUGAAGCUGUAAAUUUCCUUUGCUAGUUCACUAGAAAAUGUGAAACUUGUACUUGCUCUCCCUGAUUUUAGGAAGCAAAAUGCAGUGUGCCACCAGGAGAAAAAGUGGAAGAAGUUGAACAACCCAGUGAUAUAGAAGAAGGAGGAUUAGACCUCAGUGUGUCACUCAAACCUGUCAGUUUCUACAUUGCAGACAAAAAAGAAAUGCUUCAGCAGUGUUUCUGUGUCAUAGGGGAGAAGAAACUACAGAAGAUGCUGCCUGAUAUUUUAAAGAACUGUUCCAUGGAUGAAAUCAAAAGGCUUUGCUUGGAGCAGUUGGAACUGUUAUCUGAAAAGAAACUAUUGAAGAUACUCGAAGGCAAGAUUGGAGCCGAUUCUGAUACAGAUGAGGAGGCAGAUGGAGGAGACAAGACUGGAGGUGAAUCAGUCAGUCAACAGGACAACAGUGUAGACUCUACUUCUUCUCUCAGAGAAGACAACAAGCUGGAAGGUCAGGAAUCAAAACAAGGCAAGGGAGAAGAUAGUGAUGUCCUCAGCAUAAAUGCAGAUGCAUACGAUAGUGACAUAGAAGGCCCAUGCAAUGAAGAAGAUGGCCCAGAUGUGCAAGAAAACACUUUCAGAAAUGGAGCCAGUCAGAUUGAUGACCUUCAGAAGGACAUUGAAAAAAGUGUGAAUGAGAUACUGGGACUGGCAGAGUCCAGCUCAAAGGAGCCCAAAGCAGCAACCUUAGCUGUUCCUUCAUCAGAAGAUGUUCAGCCAUCAGCACAGCAGCUGGAGCUUCUGGAGCUUGAGAUGAGGGCCAGAGCUAUUAAGGCUCUAAUGAAAGCUGGUGAUGUAAAAAAACAGCCCUGAGAUUGUUUAGAUUAAAUUUUCAGUAUUUGUUUUGAAGGAUGUGCUGUCUUUUCUCUUCAGUGCUAAAGUAUGUUUGGGUUGGGUGUGACAUUCCUCAUUUGAACCCUAUUUUGUAUGGUGACUGGUGGCUUAAGCCAUCAGUAGUUUUUUUCAUUGCCUUUAGUAUGCUGCCUUCAUGAAAUGCAUAGAGUGGUUGAUGCUUCACUGAGAUCCAGUCUCUGUGCUGGGUUAUCUCCUCAAGGAGUCACACAAAGUAUAGAGCUAUGCCAGGAACCUGAUGCCUUGCAGAAAGGUUGGGAGAAUCAAGGUCUUUAUAAUCCCAGCUUGUUAAACUACUUCAGAAACUUGAUUUAUACGUACUUCAUUAAAAAUACCAUUUUGAA